UUGAAAUCGUGCAUCGGCAAAGAUGCAUCUCCUUUCUCCUCCUCGGUCCUCUCGCAUUCUCCUCCUCUACAACAAAGGCAGCGUCUGGUAGUCGGUAGUUGUAUCCAUAGUCGUCGCCGCCUCCUCUGCCGACCACCUCCCCUUAUCUGGUGCUGCUAUUCUCGGGCGGACGCCCCUCCUGCCUCAGGGACGGGCCUGGGUGGUAGGAUGAAGUUCCAAAUAGAAGAUGUUACAGUCUACUUUCCCUAUGAUCAUAUAUACCCAGAACAACAUUCGUACAUGGUUGAACUGAAACGAGCACUCGAUGCAAAGGGCCAUUGUCUGCUCGAGAUGCCCACUGGAACUGGCAAAACAAUUGCACUUCUAUCUCUCAUUACCAGUUAUGCUCUUUCCAAACCCUCGAAUCCUAUCAAACUCAUUUACUGCACUCGUACCGUUCAUGAGAUGGAAAAAACCCUUGCUGAGCUUAAACUACUCCAUGACUAUCAGGUUCGCCAUUUGGGCCCGUCAGCUCGGCUUCUCGCUGUUGGGCUUUCUUCCCGUAAAAACCUAUGUAUCAACCCGGCUGUUGUCUCUGCUGAAAACAGAGACUCUGUUGAUGCUGGUUGUCGGAAGCUCACAGCGAGCUGGGUUAGGGCUCUGGCAGUGGAAAAUCCAAAUAUCCCUACUUGCUCUUUUUUCGAUAAUUACGAGAAGUCGGGUUCAGAGGCGAUUUUGCCACCAGGUGUUUACACUUUGCAAGAUUUGAGAGCAUUUGGCAAGCAGAAAGGAUGGUGUCCAUAUUUCUUGGCACGACAUAUGGUGCAAUUUGCAAAUGUUGUGGUUUACAGCUACCAGUAUCUACUUGAUCCGAAAGUUGCAGGUAUAAUUUCAAAAGAGAUGCAGCGGGAGUGUGUGGUUGUUUUUGAUGAGGCUCAUAACAUUGAUAAUGUGUGCAUUGAGGCUCUUAGUGUUAGUGUGAGAAGACAAACACUUGAAGGGGCCACCAGAAAUAUUUCUAGGAUGUCUCAAGAGAUUGAGAGGUUCAAGGCCACAGAUGCUGGAAAACUACGUGCAGAAUACAAUCGCCUUGUUGAAGGGUUGGCCCAAAGGGGAAAUUUACCGAUUGGCGAUACUUGGCUUUCCAACCCAGCUCUGCCUGAGGAUAUUCUGAAAGAGGCUGUACCGGGGAAUAUUCGCCGAGCAGAGCAUUUUCUUUCUGUUUUGCGUAGGUUGGUGCAAUAUAUCAAAGGCCGGUUGCUAAGUGAGAAUUUUGAAAAGGAGUCACCUGUUUCUUUUGUUGCAUCCCUAAAUGCACAAGUUGGACUUGACCAAAAAACCUUAAAAUUUUGUUAUGACCGCCUCCACUCCCUUAUGAUGACCCUUGAAAUAACCGAUACAGAUGAGUUCUUAAGUAUUCAGACAAUUUGUGAUUUUGCAACACUGGUGGGCACAUAUGCCAGGGGUUUCUCAAUUAUUAUUGAACCGUAUGAUGAGAGAAUGCCUCAUAUCCCUGACCCUAUACUGCAGCUGAGUUGUCAUGAUGCUUCGCUUGCUAUAAGGCCUGUAUUUGAACGGUUUCAAUCAGUUGUAAUCACCUCAGGAACUCUGAGCCCUAUUGAUCUGUACCCACGCCUUCUGAGUUUCAAUCCUGUAGUCAGUCGAAGUUUUACUAUGUCCUUGACAAGGGAGUGCAUCUGUCCAAUGGUCCUAACUCGUGGAAGUGAUCAACUUCCAGUUAGCACGAAAUACGAUAUGAGAAGUGAUCCGGGUGUUGCAAGGAACUAUGGAAGGUUAUUACUAGAAAUGGCUGCUGUUGUUCCUGAUGGAGUAGUGUGUUUUUUUGUCAGCUAUUCAUACAUGGAUGCCAUUAUUAAUACUUGGAAUGAAACAGGAAUUCUAAAGGAAAUAAUGCAGCAUAAGCUUGUAUUCAUUGAAACUCAAGAUGUCGUAGAAACUACAUUGGCUCUAGACAACUACCGCAAGGCUUGUGAUUGUGGGAGAGGUGCUGUCUUUUUCUCUGUUGCGAGAUGUUUUUUGCGUACUUCACUUUUGUGCAGGGGAAAGGUAGCUGAAGGUAUUGAUUUUGAUCGGCAUUAUGGCAGACUAGUGAUUAUGUUUGGGGUUCCUUUCCAGUACACAUUGAGCAAGAUAUUGCUUGCUCGACUGGAAUAUUUGAGGGACACUUUUCAGAUAAAAGAAGGCGAUUUUUUGACUUUUGAUGCAUUGAGACAAGCUGCUCAAUGUGUAGGCAGAGUAAUUCGGUCAAAGGCUGAUUAUGGAAUGAUGAUAUUCGCUGACAAAAGAUACAACCGGCAUGAUAAGCGCUCCAAGCUACCUGGAUGGAUAUUAUCUCACCUACGUGAUGCCUACCUUAAUUUGAGCACAGAUAUGGCUUUACACACAGCACGAGAGUUUCUUCGAAAGAUGGCUCAGCCAUAUGAUAAGACUGGUGCCAGUGGUAAGAGAACUCUUUUGUCACAGGAAGAUGUUGAGAAGAUGAGCAGUGCCGGUGCAGAUGAAGCGAUGUUCUGACUUUUUGAGCAAUAUCGGUUUUCAUUGUUAUUACUCUUAUGAGAGAUGAGCAGUUCCAAGAGCUAUCUAAAUCCUACCUUUUGCAGAUCUAUUAAAUGUUUGUCUGAAGCUGUGUAAUCACUAGGUUAUAGUUUUAGGCAGGGUAUGUGGUUAGUCUGAAUUCUUUAAGAGUUUAGACCAGAUUUUGUACACUGCUGUAUUUAUAUAACUAGCAUACUCCAAGAGUCCAAGCAAGUACAAUCUUGUUUACCAAUGAGGUCUUGGCCUAGUGGUUAAGAUUGAGGGCUUGUGUACAAUAGGUAUCAGGUUUUAAUCCCCCUUCCCCGUUAGUAAUUUAUAUCCGCCUUUGUGGAUCGUUCCCACCAAAAAAAAUCAUCCAUUAAUUUUAUAUGAUCGUAUUUUUCCCCUUGGAAAAUUUAACUAAA